AUGAUGCCCCAGGCCAUUGGCCAAGCUCCUUUCUAUUUCUACAACCCAGAGUCCAAGCAUGAGAUGCGACAACACUUCACUCAACAACAAAUGCACAUGUAUCCCAUGGUCCCUACGCUGCCUUCAACUCCCGUCUACUCCCGACCUAGCUCAGCCAGCAACUCUCAGCUUCCUACUCUCUACAGCAAUGGUCCCGCCGUCAUGACUCCUACUGCCUCACCUCAGCCUAUGUCGCACAAGCCUGCCAUUCUUCUGGAGAACGAGCUAUACGAGAACUCGUACUUCCCUUCAACACCGCCUCUGUCCACUUCCGGCAGCACCAUCGGCAGCCCCAGCGCCUGCGAGAUGCUCCAGACUCCCAUGAACCCAAUGUUCUCCGGUCUUGAUGGUGUUGAUGGCAUUGACGGUUUCAAGGAGGCCCUCGAGCCUGUUGAAACAGCCGUGCUCGACUGGUCAAACUGUGGAUCCCCCCCAAUGACACCUGUGUACCUUCAAUCUCAACUCGGCAACGCUUCCUCUCUUAGCAACACGCCGUCUCUGUCGCCCUCACCUGCGCCCUAUGCGCGAUCUGUCUCGACUCCCGAUUUGGAUGUUGACUUCUGUGACCCAAGAAACUUGACAGUUGGCACUGGUGCCAUCAACACCACUCUCGCCCCUGAGUUCUGUGUCGACGAGAUCAAGGUUGAGCCCAAGAUUGCUGCUUCGUCUUUUGACUUCAACCCUGCCAUUCCUCACAGCCUCCCCACUUUUGAGGAUUUUUCCGACUUUGAGUCUGAAGACGACUUUGUCAACAGCCUCGUCAACCUCACUGAGCAGACUGCCACCGCCUCAGCUGACGUCACCCGACCCAGAGCUUGCACUGGGUCCUCAGUUGUCUCCCUUGGCCACGGCAGCUUUAUCGGUGACGAGGAUCUUUCCUUUGACGAGAACGAGGCCUUCCAGUUCCCUUCCCACCCCAGCCCUCCCUCAAGCUGUGCUUCUGAGGAUUGCCACCACGAUAAGCGUGUGAAGAAGAGCCACGCCAACGAAAACCACACCGGCCCCAUCAUGAACGUUGCUGCUUCUGCUACUGAGUCCGGCAACACACAGGAGUCUUCCAACCAGGCUGCUGAUGCCAGCGAUUCUGGUGCCACCUCCGGAUCUGAGGGCUCCCCUGCUCCCCUUCCUGCUCCUGCCAACCGCCGAGGGCGCAAGCAGUCUCUUACUGAGGAUCCUUCCAAGACCUUCGUCUGUGAUCUUUGCAACCGCCGAUUCCGCCGCCAGGAACACCUUAAGCGCCACUACCGCUCUCUCCACACUCAGGAGAAGCCCUUCGAGUGCAACGAGUGCGGCAAGAAAUUCUCCCGCAGCGAUAACCUUGCUCAGCAUGCCCGAACUCACGGAAGUGGUGCCAUCGUCAUGAACCUCAUGGAUGAUGACUCCCACAUGUAUGACGGCUCAAUGGUUCCAACCUCAGCAGAUGAUUACACCAAUUACGGCAAGGUCUUGUUCCAGAUCGCUUCCGAGGUUCCCGGCAGUGCAAGUGAGCUGUCCUCAGACGAGGGUAGUGAUGAUGGCAAGAAGAAGCGCAAGCGCUCAGACUAA